AUGAGAGGAUAUAACAAAAUAGCAAGUUUUAUGAGCAAAUAUCCCGAAUCUGCAAUUGUAUCACGAUUCUCAGAAUUGAACAUUCAAAACAUUAUUUACCUCCAAGCCGAGAUUUUUGGACUCCAAAUAGACCUAAAAGAGUUAGAAAAUGCCAAUGAUAGAUCACCAGAUGCUGGGAUGAAUCCGUAUUCCUCUGGACUCAGAUCUCGAAGAAGUUCAUCACCGCAUCCAAAGCACUUGGCUAAAUUCCAGGAAUGGAUGAAACGUCCUUCCUUGGGUGGUGUUUUUCUGAUUGGAAGAGACCGGAAUAUUUGGGCUGAUGGAAAGGAUCUGGUUGCCAUUCAGGAAAAAGUACCCGAGAACAUAUUCUUCGAAUUAUGGGCCAAUACAAUCACACCCAUAUACCAUUACUCUGUAGGAAGAUUUUACAAGAAACCAGAUAUCGAGAGGACAGACUAUGCGUCGAAUAUAGUUGACUACUGCGAUACUGUAAUCUUUCGUAUUGUGUCAUUCUUUGGUGUCAUUAUGGCAUCGAUACUUCCUGUGAUGACAAUCGUAGUACUGUAUCUAGUCGCUUCGAUGGUGAAACGUUUAGCACUCGUUGGAAUCUUCACCACAAUAUUUUCCGUGUGUCUAUGGUUCAUGACGGAUGGAAGAUUGGUUGAGGUUUUCUCCGCAACUUCAGCUUUUGCCGCUGUACAAGUUGUGUUUAUCAGUACGAACAUAACGUCCACUUGAGGUCAAUGGGCAGUCCGACGUUAAGUUCUGGCAGUGUUUCUGGCUUCUGCGAUCUUCGUGGAAUACUGUAUCAGUCCUGCUCUGCUCUGCUCUUCUCUGCUCACCGAAAACCGCUAUAGAUUGAAAUUUUCCUGUCGAUGUUAUACAAGCUCGCGAAAUUCUGUCUUCGCUUUUGUUGUUGAUUUAGCGCUGCCAUGCUCUCAAGUUUCUUUGUCGCCUAGCAGCUUGGAUAUAUAUUGGAAGCGAUUACUGAGUUUAUCAAAUCAUUUAAGAAUUUUAGAUUGCCCUUAGCCCUAAGUGAUGCCGAACCGAUCAACUUCAUUCC